AGACUGUCCCAGCCCUCUCAUGCUUUUCUCACGCCGCUCGCGCCUUCUCUCAGUCUCUUCUUGGAGCUCCUGGCGGCCGCGAUUUGUCACGCUGUGGAUUGCGCUGAGCGAUACAGCAGGGCAUGGAAUCUCUCAAUCUUCCUGGGAUUUCGUUGCGGGUGAUUCCAAAGGCCAAAAUCAAGAAUGCCGGCUCGAUCGAGCGGCUGCUGUCCGGGAAUUUCACAUCCUCGAGCUACUGCUCAUCCGCGGUUCGUAAAUCGGCGUCACUACGUCACGGAAAGACAAAAGUAUCCACACGGGCAACCAUGGUGGAACCCGAGACUGUAGAAACCAGUCCUUCGGAAACUAGUCUUCCACUUACACUACAAGAAGUGGAAGUUCUUCCGGAAACCCGUCCCCAGCCAGUGAAUUCUGGAAGCUCCUACUCGCUCGAAUUUUCGUCUGGGUCUCAACAGGACGUCCAAGUUUUGGUUGCUUCUCCUUCUUCCGUUGUGACUGACAAAGAUCGUCAAGUGGACAGAUUUUUAAAUGCGAGCUUGAUAGCAGCAGCCGCGGCUUAUGCUCUUGGAAAAAUCGUGACGGUGGAUCAGGACUACUGGCAAGGAUGGACUUUCUAUGAGAUCAUCAAGUACGCGCCAGUUCAUAACUGGAGUGCGUACGAGGAGGCUCUCAGGAGCCACCCCGUUCUUGCGAAGAUGAUGAUCAGUGGCAUCGUUUACUCGAUCGGUGACUGGAUGGCUCAGUGCUACGAAGGAAAACCUGUGCUAGAUUUCAGUCGAACGCGAAUGUUAAGAUCCGGACUUGUGGGAUUUUGCUUGCAUGGAUCACUUUCGCAUUACUAUUACCAUGUUUGUGAGGCUCUCUUUCCGUUCAAGGAGUGGUGGGUUGUACCCCUCAAGGUCGGGUUUGAUCAAACAAUUUGGUCAGCGUUUUGGAACAGCGUGUAUUUCAUCACACUCGGCCUCUUGCGUUUAGAGAACCCAGUGACAAUUGUGUCUGAGCUUAGAUCGACGUUCUUUCCACUCCUCACGGCCGGCUGGAAACUUUGGCCAUUUGCGCACCUGGUAACUUAUGGUCUCAUCCCAGUGGAGCAGAGACUGCUUUGGGUGGAUUGCGUGGAGCUAGUCUGGGUGACAAUUCUAUCUAUGUACUCGAAUGAGAAGGCUGAAGCACGGAGCUCUGAAGAUGCUGAGAAGAGCUGAAAACCAAAGUUUUGAUCUCACUCAUCACAAUGCGCGGUGGUUUGCAGAAAGCUCUUACAAAGUAAAUAGCACAAACUUGAGGAUUAGCUUCACUUCUCUUUGAAGCAAAGAUCUCCUCAUCACAAUGCGCGGUGGUUAUCAGAAAGCUCUAGGUAGCCCUAUAGCUCCUGGCAAGCGGGGAUUCGAGGUUGAUUGAUCUCACGGAAGAAAACCUUGGAAAUUGGAUGAUCCCUGGCUGCAAGAAAAGAUCGAGCUUCCCCGGCAGAGGCAACAAUUUUUUCGGAAACUGGAAAAAAAAAAAGAGAACUUGGAAAUCGUCCUCGUGAGGUGGUAAAACAAAAUCUCACUCCAAAUGCCAUGCC